CAAAAGACCACUUCAGAACUUUCAAGAACAAAAUUGAAAAAAUUGGGGUUUACUUUACCAGUUUACCCACAAUUAUUAAAAAAAAAACAGAUUAGGUUUCAUUGUUGUCAAAACACCAGGCUGUGACGCUGACUCAUCAAACAUACCAAACCAAACCCUUCCGAAAACUACCAAAGAAAAACCUCCAUUUUUCUUCAAAAAAAAGCUCCAUAAAUUUUCAAAAUUUUCAAUUUAUUUAGUCCAUUUUCGUAAAAUUAAAGGCCGAAUCUUUUGUGGGUUUCCUUUAAUUUGCAUAAUUUGGGCGUUUUAUGCCUUAUAAUUGACUGAAUUGGAGAUAAAGAGUGAGCAAUUGAGUUUUGUUUUUGCUCAUCAAUGGUGGGUUAUCAGCUAGUAAAGUCCUCAACUUGCAAUGAAUCUCUCAAAGUCAUCGAAGCUGAUAUUCAACAUGCUAAUAUUCUGGCUGCUUCUAUUCCAAGAAACAAAAGUGGGAAUUGGCUUCAGAUGAAACUAGUUCACAAUGACUUGGCACCCCUUAUCCUUUACUUGCUCCAGUGGAUUGAUUGCUCUUGUACAUGUCUACUUCCAAGCUGCUUGAAUCUUUUCUAUGUUGUAGUAUACAAGGUAAAUUCAGAUGGUAGACCAGAUAUCUCAUCAUAUGGAAGGAGAGCAACACUAAGGGAAUUCUAUGCUGUUAUCUUACCCUAUCUUCAGCGACUCCAUGGGAAUUUAUCUGAGCUAGACGAUGUUGCAAAUGUGAGUAACAGUUCAGAGUUGGCAGUUAGGAAGAUUGCUCAGGAAAGUAGAAAGCUUUCAGACAUUGAUUUUGAUAGGGAAGACGAGUGUGGAAUCUGCUUGGAGCCUUGCACCAAAAUGGUGUUGCCUAAUUGCUGUCAUUCAAUGUGCAUCAACUGUUACCGGGACUGGAAUUUGAGGUCAGAAUCGUGUCCAUUCUGUCGGGGUAGUAUAAAGAGAGUUCAGUCAGGUGACCUCUGGGUUCUGACCUGCGGGACUGAUGUGGUUGACCCGAAAACUGUUAUGAAGGAGGAUAUAUUGCGUUUGUAUCUCUAUAUUAACAGUCUGCCAAAGGAUGUUCCUGAUGCUCUGUUCUUAAUGUAUUAUGAGUACUUAAUCUAAUGAUGCUAAAACCAGGAAGACAUUUGUACAGAGUUAAAAAUGAAAACGAAUUCAAACAAUUGUAAAUAUUGUUCAAAGGCUGUUUCAUCAAAAUGUAGAAUAAUGUAUAUGGUUCAGUGUACAAUCAACUAUCGGGCUGCAUAUAAUUCAUGCUUCAUUGCUGAAAGUUCUGA